AUGACUGCCUGCCAGUUGCGGGGGCUGCUGGAAGGCGACCCGCCGGGGGAGGAGGCGCCGCUGCUCCGUCGCCCCGACCUGUCCGGAGAGGCUGGGGCGCCGUCGCAGAGCCCGGGCGGCCGCUGCACUCACCUGGGCCGGCGGCGGGCGGGCAGGGUCGCCGCGAUCGCUUCUCAGCCGCUGGGACAGCGGGCGCGUAGGAAGCGGCAGCCAGGCCCGCGCCUAUUGGCCGGCUUCUCCGUGACGUCCCGUCCUCCUCCCCGGCCCGCUCCCCUCAAGUCCCGUCCCCCUUCCCGGCCCGCCUCCCCUCAGGUCCCGUCCUCCUUCCCGGCCCGCUCCCCUCAGGUCCCGUCCUCCUUCCCGGGGCGCCUCCCCUCAGGUCCCGUCCUCCUCCCCGGCCCGCUCCCCUCAGGUCCCGUCCUCCUUCCCGGCCCGCCUCCCCUCAAGUCCCGUCCCCCUUCCCGGCCCGCCUCCCCUCAGGUCCCGUCCUCCUUCCCGGCCCGCUCCCCUCAGGUCCCGUCCUCCUUCCCGGCCCGCCUCCCCUCAAGUCCCGUCCCCCUUCCCGGCCCGCUCCCCUCAGGUCCCGUCCUCCUUCCCGGCCCGCCUCCCCUCAAGUCCCGUCCCCCUUCCCGGCCCGCUCCCCUCAAGUCCCGUCCUCCUUCCCGGGGCGCCUCCCCUCAGGUCCCGUCCUCCUCCCCGGCCCGCUCCCCUCAGGUCCCGUCCUCCUUCCCGGCCCGCCUCCCCUCAAGUCCCGUCCCCCUUCCCGGCCCGCUCCCCUCAGGUCCCGUCCUCCUUCCCGGCCCGCCUCCCCUCAGGUCCCGUCCCCCUUCCCGGCCUGCUUCCGCUCAGGUCCCGUUCCCCUUCCCGGCCCGCUCCCCUCAGGUCCCGUCCUCCUUCCCGGCCCGCUCCCCUCAGGUCCCGUCCUCCUCCCCGGCCCGCUCCCCUCAGGUCCCGUCCUCCUCCCCGGCCCGCCUCCCCUCAGGUCCCGUCCUCCUUCCCGGCCCGCUCCCCUCAGGUCCCGUCCUCCUCCCCGGCCCGCCUCCCCUCAGGUCCCGUCCUCCUCCCCGGCCCGCCUCCCCUCAGGUCUCGUCCUCCCUCCCGGCCCGCUCCCCUCAGGUCCCGGCCCGCAGGCCGCCCCCCUACCCCCCACCCCGGACCAGACCGCUGGACCCGGCCCGCGAGCAGGCCAGGGAGGGAGCCUGGGUGCGGUGGCCCAGGAGGGAGGAGAGCCCGGCGAGUCAGGUGAGAACGCAGCCUGGCUGACUCCUUCUUUGUGAGACCCUGAGGGGAAGACUAGCUAAGUAAGCUGUGCUGAGUGCUGACCCAUGGAAACUGUGAGGAGUUGACGCUUCCACUGACCCUGACUACAUCCUGAUGGGGACCCAGAGUCGCUCAGAAUGUGGAGCCCUGGUGGUGACAUCCAGGGGGUGGCCCGGGAACUCGCACUGCCAGGCCCUCCUCUAGGCCAUCCCAGCCCCGUGGUGGGUGGUCUUGGGCCCUAGGACUCCCCGCCGGCAAGGAGUCUCCGUGUCCUUGGAGAUGGGUGACCGCCCUAACGCUGGGCUGGGCGUCCAAGGGCCACGACUCUCAGUGGCGUCUGCGGCUGGGGGGUGG